AUGAAGACGUGUUUCUUGAGUCCCCAGAUCAUAGAUGAUUUCAGAGAUUAUGCGGAUCUAUGUUUCGAGGAAUUUGGUGACAUAGUAAAGAACUGGAUCACAAUAAACCAGCUCUACUCAGUGCCUAUAAGAGGCUACGGAGUGGGAUCAGAUGCACCCGGUCGAUGUUCCCAUUGGCAAGAUAGCUCAUGUUACGCCGGAAAUUCAGCAACAGAACCCUACAUCGUUGCACAUAACCAGCUUCUUGCUCAUGCCACGGUCGUGGAUCUUUACAGGAGGAAAUAUAAGCCAACACAAGGAGGACAGAUUGGACCUGUGAUGAUAACUAGAUGGUUUCUUCCAUAUAAUGUCACUGAUAAAACCAGCAUAGAAGCAACUGAGAGGAUGAAAGAAUUCUUCAUGGGAUGGUACAUGGAGCCGCUAACAAAAGGUAAAUAUCCAGACGUCAUGAGGGAAUAUGUGGGUUGUCGGCUUCCAGAGUUCACGGAAGAAGAAUCCGAACUUGUAAAGGUUCCUAUGAUUUUCUUGGUCUCAACUAUUACUUCACUCAGUACGCCCAAGAGGCAGCCCCAGCUCCUAGGGUCUCUGCCAUGUCGGACCCACGCGUACAAUUUUCAUUUGUUAAUGCAAGUAACCAUACCAUUGGUCCACUGUUCAUGGGGACGUCCAUUACUACCCAAGAGGCAUAUUAGAUAUAAUGAAGCACUUCAAAGAAAGAUACGGGAGUUUAACGUCAAUGUCAAAGGAUAUUUUGCGUGGGCUCUUGGGGAUAAUUAUGAAUUCGGAGCAGGCUUUACCAUGAGAUAUGGACUCAGUUUCAUUGAUUGGAACAAUGUCACUGAUAGAGACCUCAAAGAUUCUGGCAAAUGGUACCAAAAGUUCAUAAACGGUCCCAUAAAGCCUGCCAAACAAGAUUUCCUCCGCUCAAGCCUCUCCUUCGAAAACAAUAAGAAGCUCAAAGAUGCAUGA